AUGAGUCUCGAGGAGUGGGAUCUCCUCUCACCUGAAGCAAGGAUUCGAUCAGAAGGCGACAGAAAAUGGGGCUGGGUCGUCUAUCGGAGCUGUUACGCAAAAGAAUUCGACCCGCGCUGGCAGGAAAUCAAGAGCCAUAUCGUAGACGAGCUUUGUAAGGAUAUCGCUAGAUCCGACACGCCCUCUAUCGCGAAAACGAUGGAUUUCGUCUUUAUCGAGGACCCUGCCCUUGAAGGCGCCAUGGUCACGCAGCUGCAGCACUACUUCCAGGCUUGGGCGCGCGCAAGCGAGGGAUACCAUUUUGACGAGGGGAGAGACGUAUCCCGAGACUCGAGGCAUGAGUUCUUCAUCAUGGUCGACGAACAAAGUUUACGCAACCGCACUCUUGGUCUUGUGCACGGAUGGCCACUAGAGCAGGAUUCGGAAGACGUCGCGGAGGAGGGAAACCAGCAUGGUGCAGGGGAUUGGAUCAGGAUUACGGCGGAUUACACGGUCACGACAAGUCUCUACGAACAACUGAACGACCUCGAAUACUGGUACUCUAUCUAUAAGCCGCCGGAAAUGGGCUUGGCUUGUGUAUAG